CCGGUGAAAUAACCAAACACUCCGCUUCCUUCCACUUAGAGCCGUAGAAGAGCUACUGCUUCAUCAACCACAACCACAAUCUCCUCAAAUCUCUCUACCGAUCGAUGGAAGCAGCAGUGCCACGACUCGUCUAUUGCGGACCGGAGCCAAUUAGAUUCUCCGUCUCCUCCCGCCGCUCCUUCGUCUCCGGUAUUCCUCACCGUAGUAAACGCUCUCGCCGGAUUCUAGCCGUCGCUACUGAUCCUAAACCUACACAGACUAAUCCACCCAAGUCCACCACCGUCAACGGAUCUUCUUCUUCUACUACAUCGUCUGCGUCAAAAGUAGUCAACAACAAUGUUUCUACUAGAAUUAACGAUGUAUCAAAAGAGAUUAAAAGAGUGAGAGCUCAAAUGGAAGAAGAUGAACAGUUGUCUGUGUUGAUGAGAGGACUUCGUGGCCAGAAUUUGAAGGAUUCGGUUUUCGCCGAUGAUAAUAUUCAGCUAAGGCUUGUCGAGACUGGUGAAAGCAGUGAGUUCUUACCUUUGGUAUAUGAUCCGGAGACCAUUUCUGCCUACUGGGGGAAACGGCCUCGUGCUGUUGCUUCUCGAAUUAUCCAAUUGCUUUCGGUCGCAGGAGGGUUUCUCUCGCGUAUUGCUGGGGAUGUAAUAAACAAGAAAGUCAAAGAGAAUGAGGUUGCUAGGGCAAUUGAAUUGAGGGAAAUUGUUACUUCUUUGGGUCCGGCGUACAUUAAACUUGGGCAAGCUUUGAGUAUUCGACCAGAUAUCUUGUCUCCCGCUGCAAUGACAGAGCUACAGAAGCUGUGUGAUAAGGUCCCUUCAUAUCCUGAUGAUGUAGCAAUGGCUUUAAUUGAGGAGGAGCUUGGGAAGCCAUGGUACGACAUUUAUUCCGAGCUUUCCCCUUCCCCAAUCGCUGCUGCAUCCCUGGGACAAGUGUACAAAGGAAGGCUAAAGGAAAAUGGGGAUCUAGUGGCAGUAAAAGUACAGAGGCCUUUCGUUCUUGAGACUGUGACUGUUGACUUGUUUGUAAUACGGAAUUUAGGUCUAUUUCUGCGGAAGUUCCCUCAGGUGUCAGUAGAUGUUGUUGGACUGGUUGAUGAAUGGGCUGCUCGCUUUUUUGAGGAGCUGGAUUAUGUUAACGAGGGAGAAAAUGGAACAUAUUUUGCAGAAAUGAUGAAGAAAGAUCUUCCACAAGUUAUUGUACCUAAAACCUACCAAAAGUACACGUCAAGGAAGGUUCUUACAACCUCAUGGAUUGAUGGCGAGAAACUGUCACAAAGUAUUGAGAGUGAUGUCGGUGAACUUGUGAAUGUUGGUGUUAUUUGUUACCUAAAGCAGUUGCUUGAUACUGGGUUUUUCCAUGCUGACCCUCAUCCUGGAAAUAUGAUCCGUACCCCAGACGGGAAACUAGCCAUCCUCGAUUUUGGUCUUGUUACCAAGUUGACUGAUGAUCAGAAGUACGGAAUGAUUGAAGCCAUUGCACACUUAAUUCACCGAGAUUAUGAUGCCAUAGUAAAGGAUUUUGUCAAACUUGGUUUCAUCCCUGAUGGGGUCAAUCUAGCACCUAUAUUACCUGUCCUGGCCAAGGUUUUUGAUCAGGCGCUCGAAGGUGGCGGAGCAAAAAACAUCAACUUUCAAGAGUUGGCAGCAGAUUUGGCGCAGAUAACUUUUGACUAUCCUUUCAGAAUUCCCCCUUAUUUCGCCCUUAUAAUUAGGGCAAUUGGUGUGCUAGAAGGUAUAGCUCUAGUGGGGAAUCCUGAAUUUGCUAUUGUGGACGAGGCUUAUCCGUAUAUCGCUCAGCGGCUACUUACGGAUGAAUCACCUCGCCUGAGAGAGGCUUUACGCUACACAAUAUAUGGGAAGACUGGCGUUUUUGAUGCUGAAAGAUUCAUAGAUGUGAUGCAAGCCUUUGAGACUUUCAUUACAGCAGCCAAAAGUGGAGGAGGGGAAGAUAUGAAUGGAGGCAUGGCGGAGCUGGCUCUUAUGCAAAGUAAGACAAGCAGUUUGGUUCCUAUGUUUCCAGCUAGUGCAUCCCAACCGGACCAGCCAGUUCAAACGAGAGUCGCUUUGUCCUUUCUUCUUUCGGAGAAAGGGAACUUCUUCCGCGAAUUUCUAUUGGAUGAGAUAGUAAAAGGCAUCGAUGCAAUCACAAGAGAACAGCUGGUGCAAGCAAUGGCGGUCUUCGGAUUCAGAAACGCAACACCAAUCUUCGGUAUGUUACCACCAACAUUGGGACCCUUCAGGCCUGCAGCACUGCUUCCAUCCGUGACAGAAGAAGACAAGGUCAUCUUGAACAAUGUUCAGAAAGUAAUCGAGUUCCUUACCUCAAAAAGCUCCAUGUCGAAUAAUCCUGAUCAGGUUGUAGAUGUAUCUCAAGUGGUUCGGGAACUGCUUCCCGUGUUGCCUGGAAUCACUGCGACAGUACUGCCUGAGAUUUUGAGUCGGCUCGGGUCAAGAGUAAUGGCGAGAAUAGUCCGCGAUGCGUUUUUGUGAAUAUUGGGUUGAGCUUUGUACAAUUGUGCAUAUACGUUGCAUUUUAAAGUUACGACAAAAGAAAUAUAUAGCUGAUUAAGUUGCAUUAACACCUGUACUUGAUGUAAUAAUUACACAGUUGCAAU